CUCACAUGGGAAAUGCUGAGAAUCAUGGACCUCCUGUGCAAGAACGUGAAGCACCUGUGGUUCUUCUUCCUCCUGGUGGCAGCUCCCAGAUGGGUCCUGUCCCAGGUACAGCUGCAGGAGUCCGGCCCAGGAGUGGUGAAGCCUUCGGAGACCCUGUCCCUCACCUGCGCUGUCUCUGGUGGCUCCAUCAGCGGUUACUACCUCUGGAGCUGGAUCCGCCAGCCCCCAGGGAAGGGGCUGGAGUGGAUUGGUCAUUUCAAUUACACGAUAUCAUUUCAUUUGUUUGAAAUUCUGGGCUGUUCUCAGUCUGUUCCCUCUGUGUUUGCAGAAGACCUGUGUGAAGUUCACUGGUGGACUCUGAGGUGGAAAAAUUGUACAGCCCAGCGGUUCACUGAGCCUCUCCUGCAAAGCCUCUGGAUUCACCUUCACUGA